AUGAUGCCUAUGCCUAUGCCUUCUCAACAUUUGAUUACUUUCACGAACAUGCUAAACGUUGUGAUUGCUCGCGUAAAUCUAACAAUGCUCCAAAUGGAACCUGAAGGAUUUAAUGAUAUAUGGAAACAUGAAUGUUCUUCUAGGUUGGACGUACAUGCUGCGUGUAGCUGUCGAGACACUUCUGUGAGUCUGAGCAAAGUUAGAAAUGGUUGGGAGAUAAAAAAUGGGACCCGCGAGAAGGAGCAUGAGGCCCAGUCUCAUGUUGCCAUUGCUAAUUUUUAUGCCCCUGCGACUACGUAUGAGCUAAUGGUAAGUCGAGCAGAAUUUAUUAUGCGAGUCACAUCUCGUGGAUUGAACAAGUGCAGUGCAAUGCUACAAAGAGCACAACAAUAA